CAGUGCCAGUGGAACACAAGCGCUCCCACCAGUAGUCCCAGUUCCAGUACCACACACGUGACCCACGCGACCGCACGGAGAGAGGAGCCCGGCCACCGGCGGCGCGCCAACCAUGUCGUCCCACCAGCCGCCGCGCCCCGUGCGCUUCGGCAUCCUGGGCUGCGCCUCCAUCGCGCGCAAGCUCGCGCGCGCCAUGCUGCUGGCCCCCGGCGCCGCCGUCGCCGCCGUGGGGAGCCGCUCCGAGGAGAAGGCCCGCCUCUUCGCCGCCGACAACGGCCUCGACGUCGCCACCACCCGCCUCCACGGGACCUACGAGGCGGUCCUCGACGAUCCGGAUGUCGACGUCGUCUACCUCCCGCUCCCCACCAGCCUCCACGUGCGCUGGGCCACCGCCGCCGCCGCGCGGGGCAAGCACCUGCUCCUCGAGAAGCCUACCGCGCUCUGCGCCGCCGACCUCGACGCCAUCCUCGCCGCCUGCGACGCCGCGGGGGUCCAGUUCAUGGACUCCACCAUGUGGAUGCACCACCCGCGCACCGCCAAGAUGCGGGAGCUCGUCGACGACAAGGACGCCAUCGGCGACAUCAAAGUGAUAAACAGCGUGUUUUGCUUUCGAGCAAAUGAGGAUUUCCUCCAGAAUGACAUCAGGGUAAAGCCAGACCUCGAUGCCCUGGGGGCACUCGGUGAUGUCGGGUGGUACUGCAUCCGUGCAAUCUUGUGGGCUGUUGACUACGAGCUGCCCAAGACUGUGAUUGCACUGCGUGAUCCUGUCAAGAACCAAUCUGGUGUGCUACUUGCCUGUGGUGCGACAUUGUACUGGGCGGAUGGCAAGACCGCCACCUUCAGCUGCUCCUUUCUCACCAAUCUCACCAUGGACAUCACCUUAGUUGGCACGAAUGGCACUCUCCAUGUCACUGACUUUGUCAUCCCGUAUGAAGAAAAGUCUGCAGAGUUCAGUGUGGCCUCGAAGUCAAACUUUGCUCAACUACACAUCGGAUGGGAUCCACUUCCAAGCAAGCACGUCGUCACGACGGACCUGCCGCAGGAGGCCCUCAUGGUGCAGGAAUUAGCGAGGCUUGUGCAGAACAUCCGGGACGCUGGUGGCAAGCCUGAGGGGAAGUGGCCGGCUAUCACCAGGAAGACGCAGGUGGUGUUGGAUGCAGUGAAAACUUCGAUUGACAAGGGGUCUGAGCCAGUUGAGAUUGCCAACUAAAUGACAAACAGCUGCCUCGUCCUGUUGAAAAUUCUGUAGCAAUGGCUUGCACUUGAUAUAUAUUUCUCUACUUAUCCUACAUGGGACCAUUAUAUUUGUAAUAACCUGUCAAAGGGAACUUUUAUAUGUUGCUGGCAUUCCUGGCUGAUAAUCGAACCUCCUGUCCAAUUCUAGUU